AUGUCUGAUUCCGAAAGCAAUAAGUCUGAUACAGCUCCGGAAGAGACAAACAACAGCGAUUCAGAAGGUCAAUAUUACUCUGAUGCAUCUGCUUCAAGUACUUCAAAAUCAAAUCAAAAUGAAGAUUCAGAGGAAAAUGAAGAGCAAUCAUCAGAUCAUUACUAUCAAUCAUAUUCAGAGAAAAACUCAGAUAAUUCUUCAGGAGGAGAAGAGCAAAAUGAGGAACAAAAUGAAGAAAAUGAUGAAGAAGUAUCCGAUUCAGAUGAAAGAGAAUAUUCAGAAGAAGAGGAAGAAACAGAAAAGAAAACAUAUAAACGUCGCAAAUUAAUGAGAUCGAAGUUUUGCAAAAAUUUCAGUUUUCCUCCAACAGAUUACGACAAAACGAUCAAGAUAAAAAGCAAGUUUGAUGAACACCAAUCAUUAAUGAUCGCGUCUAUCGUAAAUAAAUGGAGAAAUGGCUUAUGUUCUUUAUUUUAUAGCGAAAAUUCAAAAUUUAGAAACAAAGUAAUUGUAGGAUCCAUCAUUGCUUUACACAAGAACCACAAGAACGUUCCUCCUUCCUUGAUAGUUUGCUCACAAAAGGAAGCAGCGAAAUUAAGUCGAAUGAUACACAAAUAUUCGAAGCUUAUCAUCUCAGUUAGCUCGAAAAAUAAGUUCUCUCGCGAUUUGUCGGACUGGGUGACCGAAGAUCUUCAAAAAGCUGAUGAUUUCAACGUUUUUAUUUGUACAAAGAAGUUUUUCAAGAAAAAACUCAAAUAUUUACCACACGAAGUUGCAUGGUCGACGGUUGUGGUCACAAAAGUCGGCUCAAAAACGAAAGAUACCAAGAAAUUUUGCAAAAUUUUUGAAAAAAUUUCUCAUUUUAGUUGCAUUUUAUGCUCUUCCGACCUUUCAAACAUGAAGGAACAAGACAUAAAGAACAUAUUCUCAUUAAUGAAGAUAAAAGUACCAAGUUCUUUUACAGAUCAACAUAUUUAUAUUUCAUUGUCAAGUUCUUUCGUUAAUUCCACGGAUACUGACCUCCCAAAACUACUAGGAUCGAUAGAAGGUACCAAAAACCCUUCAGUCAAUCCUUAUUACGAUGCUUCUGAAACAAAUAUUUUAUGUCCUAUGUCAGAAUACGAAUUUUCAGUUUAUAUCCAUCUAUUGAACAAAUCCAAGGAAUUACUGAUCUCCGGGAAGUACGAUGCCGCUGAUUUACACGACAUUGCGUCAGAUUUACUUUCCGCAUGCCACCAUCCGAUCAUUGUUGAUGGCGUUAAGGCGGGCAACUACAUACUAUCAAUACCAACUAAUAACCAUUCAGCGAAGAUGAUUGUUUUGGCAAAUUUAAUCAAAUCAAAAGAAUACGCAGGAGAAAGGAUCGUUAUCAUUACAGAAGACGCGGAUUCAUCUGUACUGGUGAAAUUCGGAUUGGAAUCUUAUGGAAUUAAAACAAUUGUUAAAGGAAAAAUUAAUAAAAAAAUUCCUUGGGAAAAAAUACGAGAUUGGCAGCAAACAACGAACAUGCCGAUCGUUAUAGACGAAAGCAACUACAAAGAUGCUGUUACGACCAUUACUCCAACUGUUUUAAUUUCAUAUGAUUCUUAUUGCAGCCUUCUUAUGUUCAGAUCGAAGAAGAAAUGGACUGGAUUGAAGAGAAUCAGACUCCUCACUGCAUAUGCCACUGAUUUCGCGUUCCAAUCCCAAAUUCUUCAAUAUACAAAUUUGACAAUCGAAAAAAUUUUGGAUGAAGACACUCCAAAGUUCAGAAGAUUGAAUGCAAUACUCAGAUAUUGCACUGCACAUCUCCCAGACAUCAAAAUUUGCUCAAAUGAUCUGAAAUCUCCUAUAACUACCGAACAAAUCAUUCUUGAGUCGGCAAAAAUGGAAUAUCCGAAAUUGGAUGGAGAUUUUUCAAACAACAAAGAGUUUUGGAAGCAAAUUUUCACAAUUAAACCUUAUUCUAAGAUUUUGAAGACUCCGAAGGUACCAAUGACCAAGUAUAAGGGUCGUGUAGAGCUUAGAGAUGAUAGUUUCGGUUCAGAUUCGAAGAGAAAAGAAAAAUCUUCAGAUGAAAGGCAAAAUGACUCAGAAUCAGAGACAGAACAUGAGACACGUAGUAAGAAAAAGAAGGAAUCCGAGCAAAUUGAAGAUACUUAUGGCUCUAAAAACAAAGAUGGCUUUUGGAACGUUCAUAACGUAAAAGAAGCUGUUUUUCAUGCGAUGAACUUCGGAAUGCGUGAUUUUGAUAAGGUAAACAUAACCAGAUAUAAACGAGAAAUCCAACAAAUCGUCCAAUUUUGUUAUUACAAGCUCAGAUCGACCGGAAAAGUUCCUGCCGCUUGUAAGUAUAUCCAAGAGCUUCCAGGCAUGAAGUCAAUCCCUAUUUCUCCCGAAAUAGUCAAAGAAGUUGAGAAAAUGAUCGGAAAUCGACAAAUGGUUUACAGUUUUGAACUGGCGUCAUGUGUCAAGGACAUCGUGGAGAGCAAGUUCACCAUAUACAAGAAGCCUUCCCAGACACCUUUACCGCCUACUUCUAAUUGGUCGUACGAAGAUGACAUAAAAUUGAUAAAAACCGUUUACGAUAAAGGUGUAAUAAAUUUCGGACGAGAUUCGGAAUAUAAAGGCUCUUAUGAUAUCAAGACAUAUAUGGUUAGACUUGUUUUAUUUAUUUACAGAAGAAUCAAAAAAUCGUAUUUGGGAGAAAUCGGUGUCAAAGAGAUGAGAUCGAUGUACAAAACAUUAAUCACCUAUGGAUAUCCAAACCAUCAGCUCUUUUUGAACGCAGUUGGAAAUAAUUACCUUGAUUCGAAGCAAUCCUUGCAUUUCCUGCAGUCAAUGCUCCGGUUUUGUACAGAAACAGACUUGAACAAGCGAAAGGAGAUCGCAGCGGCCUUCCCAGAGCGAUUUCAGAAAUAUCAGGUCACAUUAGUCAAACAAAGGCUCUCAGACUUCGAAAGAAUCCGUAAUCUUUCGAAAGAUAUCGCUGGAACAUGCGCAGAGGACUGGGAAUUCUUCAGAGCUUUAGAUAAGCAUGGAUUCUCAAAUUCCUACGUAUCUCCAACGCUUAUAAUCUGCUUGAAUGACAAUCUAAGCGAGAUAAAGCUCAGACAGAGGCUCAAAUCCGAACUUUUGGCGAAUAAUCAUUCCGGUAAGAUAUUAUUCGAAUACAAUGGCCAGAAUUUGGAGCGAUUGCUUCCGAUCAGGCUAAGCGCGAUGAUUAUGCUUGAAAAUCUCGGAAAACUUACUGAUUAUUGCGAUGAUAUUGCUUGUUUCUUCGACGGAUACAGGGUAAGCGUAAUCUGUCCAAGUCUUCUUUCAUUUGAGAAGCUCGUCUUCGUUACUUGCAGGGUAGAGAUCCGCGAAAUGAAGCCGAAGUUCAUUAUCGAGUGUCUCGAAGAUAAAAAGAGGUUCUUUUUUGAGGGGGAUACACCAGAUUCAUGUUGGGAGAUGUACAGAUCCGAAAUCGAGAUGAAACAAGAGACGUCGUGUCCUCAAUUCGAUGGAUACGAAAUGUUUGGUUUCACAACACCAAAUUACCACAAAAUUGUGAAUUGCGUGUUGAAAGAAGACAAAUGCAAAAGCUACAUAAGAAGAACAUUCAAGGAUUUGAACUACAAGUUCUCGCGAGAGAGAAUUCAAAUUGGUCAUUACGCCAGUGUUGAAAAAGUUGUUGAGAAAAAGAAAAUUAACCCUGGAGAUGCAAAAUUUGACUUUUCUUACUUAACAAGAGGAGAAGAAGAGAGUUCAAUGGUUGUUCUCUCGAACCAGUCUAGCUGCUUCAAUGCUCUGAUUGAUCUUUAUUCAUUUGAUGAUGAACUUCAUGUAUAUUAG